UAGUGAAGUUUAGAAUGUAAACUUUAACCAAUUUUUUUCUGAAGGGUCAAAGUGAGUCAACGAGUUGACACACCCUUUCUCGUUCUAGUUCUCCGAAGACCACUAAAACGACGCCGUAUUGACAGGCUGUACCGGCGAAGCAAAAAUUCACCGACGGCUCCAUUCAAAGGACGAGAUUGCAAAAAGCCGCAAUAAAUUCCAAAAAGAGUUAAAAAUCACUUUAUCCUCUCAGAUUCUGAGAGAACUCACGAGCUUUCCUUACAAUUUCCACUCAAAUCGAUGAACUAAUUCCAAAUUUCUCCGAACAACAACAACUACUCGAACAGAUUGUUUCCUCAUAUACCGUCGGUUCCGAACCCGCACCGGAGAUCAGCAGAAAGAAAAAAAAAAUGAGUAACGAUGCUAAGAGAAGCAUUCAAGGGAAUCUAAUGGUGAAAUCUGUGUCGGAAGAUCGGAAACCACCGGCUGUGACGGCUACUGGGAAGAAAAUUGUUAUCAAGAGUGCUGAUAUGUUUGGUGAUGUGCAGAAAGAGGCUAUCGAUGUCGCCAUAGCUGCAUUUGAAAAGCAUAGUGUAGAGAAGGAUAUAGCAGAGUGUAUUAAGAAAGAGUUUGAUAAGAGACAUGGACCGACCUGGCACUGCAUUGUUGGCCGUAAUUUUGGUUCGUACGUGACACACGAGACAAACCACUUUGUUUACUUCUACUUGGAUCAGAAAGCAGUUUUGUUGUUUAAAUCUGGUUGAUAAACAUGUAUAUUAUGCAGAUUAAUGAAUCUUAUUAACUGAUUUUAUGAUCAUCGCAGUUUAAUCAAAUGAUGAUAUCCUUUGUGGACAA